AUGUCAAGAAGACAGGAGAUAAAACAAAAGGAAGAACUUCAAGCAAGAUUUCAAUUGGCCAUAGCGAAUAAUAAUAAAAAAGUUCUAAACUGGUUAAAACCUCAUAAAAGCUCCACAGAUGAAAUCAAUACAACAACAACCUCUACAACUAAUGAACAAGAUGAUUCAUUUUUAAAUUUACAGAUAAUACCACUGGGGUCAAGUCUAAAUAUGAAAACCACCGAAAAUGUGCAGAAAAUUGGAGAAUUUUUAACAUCUAAAGAUAUUUCAAAAUCAAAACAACUUGCACAACAAGAUAAUUUAAAGAAACAUGGUGGAUCUAAACCAAUGUUAGCAUUAAUGAAUAGAAUGAGAGAUUCAAAUAGAAAGAAUAUUCAAAAAACAGCUAAUAAGAAGAAUAUAAGACAAAAUAAGAAAUUGGAAACAAAUAAACAACCAACCGAGGUAAACGACGAUGAUGAAGAAGAAGAUGAAGAUGAACGAGAUAGUCGAGAUAUUAGGUCUAGAACUGCUAAAAGGGGUUCUAGUCUUUUAUUGGAACAAAAAUUAAACAAUAAUAAAGGCAAAAAGAAAGGUAUUCGACCUUUUUAA